AUAAGCCUCACAGAUUUUGCCGAGUUACACGUUACUGUCAACAGGAUUAUUAUUCAAAGACGAGCAUGACAUGUUCACCCAUAAUCAUUUUUUGCUCUAAAAUCAAAUGAUUGCAGUUUGUUCUACUGUCCUCAUAGACAGCGGAUACUCGAGGAUUUCUUCAUUAGGGCGAGAGAGUUUGAACUGUGACUGCAGGAUGUGUGGGUUGUUGUGCAACCGCGUUUCAACAUGAACAAAACCUAAAAUACUUGUGCUAAACAUAUCCAGAGACGCUAAUGAACGGUAAGGCCAAAGAACCUCUAUAACAUCACAGACUACACUGUCCUUGGCCAGGGCCGGAUUAAGGUGCAAAGAUGAGAAGGAAAAUCUUUCAGAUGAUAGUGCUACUUCUGACAGGUGUUGUAUGCCUGGUCAUUAUCAUGAACAAAAACAGUUUUGAAAGUGAAGUGACACUGAAGAGCAAAGACAGUUUCCCCAGAUACGAAACCAUCCAGCCUGUGUAUCCGGAUUGUCAGCAGAAUAUGUCUGCUUAUGAUGUGAAUGGAUUUUCUACUCUGCCAAAUCAUAUUAAAGACUUCCUGCUUUACCAACACUGUAGGAGUUUUCCCAUGCUUCUUGACCUGCCUAAUAAGUGUGGCGGACCACAAAACUCUGCAAAUGUCUUCCUUCUGCUGGUCAUCAAGAGUUCUCCAGAGAAUUACGAUCGACGAGAAGUUCUGCGGAAAACAUGGGCUAAAGAAAGAUUGCACAAAGGUGUGUGGAUCCGGAGAGUCUUCAUUAUCGGAACAAGUGGAACUGGCUUUGAGAAGCAAAGGUUGAAUAAACUACUGAAGCUGGAGAACAGUGAGAACAAGGACAUUUUACAGUGGGACUUCAAUGAUUCUUUCUUUAACCUCACACUGAAGCAGAUCCUUUUCUUAGAGUGGAUGGAAAGAUGGUGCCCACACACCAGAUUUCUUUUAAAUGGAGACGAUGACAUUUUUGCUAAUACGUUUAACAUGGUUGAGUAUCUUCAAGGUCAGACGGGCAAUGAUGGAAGUAAACAUCUCUUUACAGGGCACCUCAUCCAGAACGUAGGUCCUAUCAGACAUCCUUCAAGUAAAUACUAUAUCCCGGUGCAGGUUCAGGAGUCUGAAAGCUAUCCUCCGUACUGUGGCGGAGGAGGCUUUCUUCUCUCAGGCUUCACGGCCAAAACAAUCUACAGCAUGUCUCGUUCUAUAUAUCUGCUGCCCAUUGAUGAUGUUUACAUGGGCAUGUGUUUGCAAAAGGCUGGCCUCAAACCUACAUCCCACCUUGGUGUAAGGACUGCUGGUCUGCAUAUCCCUGCUGCAAACGUAGACAAAUUUCACCCUUGCUAUUACAGAGAAAUCAUUUUAGUCCACAGAUUUCUGCCGCACAUGAUUUUUGUCAUGUGGAAUGAAAUACAAAACCCACGUUUGCAAUGUGGAAGCACAAAAUCCUUAUAAAGACUCACAAAUUAACAGGGAGUGUGAUUACUUUAAAAGGGAAACAUAAUAGCUUGCUGGACAAUGCAAUACUUUUUUAAAACAUUCUAAAACAUGGCAAAAUGAUUGCCUUUUAAAAAUUCAAAAUAGUGGUCUAUUGCACUUCAGCCAUAAAGGGUGGUUGAUUCCUUUCUCAGAAAUUGUGAUUAUAGUCUUCGUGGUCUUUAUGCUUGUUUUUAAGCAACCUGAAAGUGCUUCUCAGUAUAUAGAUGUAUAGAAACAUCUAUAUUCUCUUUAAAAUCGAAUUUUAUCAGGGGAAUUAAAUGCACUCUGAGACAAAAAGAUUGUCACUGAAAAGUUGUCACUGGGGCAGUACCUUUCCAAAAGGUAUACUUUUGUACUUUAUUUACCCCUAAAGGGUGGAUAUUAGUGUCUUACUGUAAAUGCUACAUAUUAGUAUCUUUUAAAAGUGUACCACUUCACCAAUAGCAUUUGUAACUUUUUUGUCUGAGAUGUGCAAUAUAUAAGAAUGAAUUUGGAUUCUCUAUGCAAAAUGAUUGCUGAAAAAGCAAGUGUACAAGGUGUACGGUGCCAUAUUGUAACAAAUUACAAAUAAUUGAAGGAUACUUAUGCGUCUUGGCAUAUUUCUGCAUUUUACAUUUAACUUACUUUGUUUUGAGGAGAAAAUGAAUACUGCUGUUCUGACCUACAUUUCUCCAGACUGUAAACGUCAAUGUGCUUUAGAAUCUAAAUUAUAUUGAAAUACUAUAUUUUAAACUCAAUUGUCUGGAACAGUUGGUAUUAGUAAUACCAAAUACGGCCUUCAAAGGUUAAAUAAUAAUAAAAUGUGGUAUAAUGUACAUCUA